ACUCAGAAACUGAUAUGAGAAGAAGGAACAGACUCAGUCUGACAGUCAGCUGCUGGUUUCUCUCCAACAAACGUCUUUUUUCUGGAUUAAUCUUCUCUGAAAUCACAGAAACACCUGCCGAAAUGGGAUUCCUUCUGACCAAGAUGCUGGCUGUGUUCGGGGACAAAGAGCACAAAGUCAUCGUGCUGGGUUUGGACAACGCAGGAAAAACCACCAUCCUCUACCAGUUCCUGACAAAAGAAGCCGUCCACACGUCGCCGACCAUUGGCAGCAAUGUGGAGGAGAUCACAGUCCGAAACACCCACUUCUUGGUUUGGGACAUCGGAGGGCAGGAGAGCCUUCGAGCCAGUUGGUACUCGUACUUCUGCAACACGGAGAUUGUCAUCCUGGUUGUGGACAGCACCGACCGCGAACGUCUGACUGUCACCAAAGAUGAGCUGCACCGGAUGCUCGCAUACGAGGAGUUGCAGAACGCCGCUGUUCUCAUUAUGGCCAACAAACAGGACGUGAAAGGCUCAAUGACGGCGGCGGAGAUCUCACAGUGCCUCACUCUCGACACCAUCACCACGCACUCUUGGCACGUCCAGGCCUGCUGCGCCCUGACAGGAGAAGGGCUUCCUGCAAGUCUGGACUGGAUGAGAUCACGAGUUGUUGCCAACUGAGUCAACCUCCAAGUCCAUCAAACUUCCUCAAACCGAGCCGCCGUCUCAUGUCAGGAUUAUCUGCAGCGGUUUUAAGACUGUGAACAUGACGUGUCAGACCCAGACCUGGCCUCGCGACACUCACGGCGUCUUACUCAGCUGGGAGAGUCUGUAAGGAGCUGCUCCUCGUCUGAACUCUGGAUGAUGAACUGAAUGUAAAGAAAUUCUUCCUUGCCUUGUGUUUAUGAAGAAAGUUUGCCAGAAGUGUGUGUGUCGAGGUGCAAAUGUGUCAGUAAAACCUGUAAUUCCAGAUUCCACUCUGCUUCUGCAAGAUUUUACAGGAGAUAAUGAAGCUAUGAUGAUUAAAAUGUAUUUCUAGACCUGUACAAACUAAACUUGAAUGAUUAAACAUCUGGAUAACUAGUAGAUAAUAGAUGACAAUAGAUUCAUAAUACUAAAGCGCCUUAAUUUAGCAGACUCAUGUCGUGAUUUCACAGAAACCUUCCAUCAUGAUCUCAUUUUGGCCUUUGACUGUUUCCUCAAACUUCAGACUUUCGUUCUUAACAUCAACAGAUUGUAAAACCUCACCAGUUUCAUUGGAGCAAACUUUUCCACAUGAGUCUUUAAGCACAAACCGUGGCCUCUACUUCUUAAAAAUUCUGUUUCAUGCCAGCGAACAAGUUUUUUUUAUUGACCUCAAUGUGUUAAAUAAUUUAUUCUUCCUAAAAUAACAGCUCUCAGAUUAUAUACUGUAUAUUACAGCAACGUCCUGCACUGGAAAAGGAGCUAGCUGCUAAGGAUGAUAUUUAAGUGUACAUAUGUAAAGUGUAAUUUUUUAAAUAAACGUUAUUAUUUCAAGUCA